GGCGAUAUUGCGUGUUUUGCUCGGUUUCUAUUGUUAAUUUCGCCACUAAAUCAUGUCCAGCACGUUUUAUUCGAAUGACGCCACUCUCGAGGAGGACGCAGAGACCACAUCGCUCACGCAGGACUACCUGCCAACGCUGGAGGAGACGUGGAGUGAGCAGGAGCUGCAGAGAUGCAAGAAAUGGAUUGUGGAUAGUGGCUUCAAGAGGAUUAGCUUGCAGUUUCCUGACUCACUUCUGCAGCACAGUGUGACCAUUUAUGGGCAGCUGAAUGGGGAGAUUGAGGCGGAGUUCUUCAUCCUGGGCGACACGAGCUACGGCAGCUGUUGUGUGGACGAAGUGGCGGCUUCUCAUGUGGACUCAGACGCUCUGAUUCACUUUGGCCAGGCGUGUCUCAGCCGGAAUACGAGACUCCCUGUUCUGUAUGUCUUCCUGCACUUCUGCGUCAAGUGGGAAGACUACCAGGAAAAGAUAAUGAACACUUUUCCCUGUGGAGAUGAGAAAGUGAUAAUCUUUCCGGACACUGCCUUCUAUCACGCCAAGGAGGAGCUUUUGCAGCAACUGGCGGAGAGGACAAAUGUCAGAGUCGCCUCUCUGGCUGUUGACGAUAGCGUGAAGGCAAACUACUUAUGUUGGCAUGUCCAGGAUUUGGAGAGUAUCGACAUAACGCAGUGGAAUUGCCUGUUCAUUGGCGAGGAUGAUCAGACUUUCUUCAAUCUCUCCCUGGCAAUUCCCGCCGCCAAGUGGUUCAUCUACGAUCCCAAGCGGGAGACGCUCUGCCCAGCGACGCCCAGGACAUCCUCGUGGUUCCGUCGACGAUACUACUACGUGGAAGUGUGCAAGGACGCCCAGAUGAUUGGGAUUGUCAUGGGAACACUCACGUCUUCGGGUUACCUGGACAUUGCCAAACGGAUUCAGACGCUGGCCAAGGAGCGCGGCUUGAGGAGCAUCCUGAUCUCUGUGGGCAAGAUAAAUCCAGCCAAGCUGGCCAAUUUCUCCGAUGUCGACUGUUUCGUGCUGAUCGGAUGUCCGCAGAACAACGUCUUUAACUCCAGGGACUUCUACAAGCCAAUCCUCACGACAUUCGAGGUCGAACUGGCGCUGAAUCCUGCCUGGAAGGACACCAUUCCGGACACUUAUUGCGUGGACUUUCAGGAAUUGCUGCCCAAUGGGAAAUUUCACAGAGAACACGAUCCGGAGGAGAAUCUCGAGAGUGACGUGAGUCUCAUCACUGGUCGUGUUCGUGAGCGCAAUCAGCGGCCAAAUGGGGCGCCGGCGGAGGCUGAAUCGGCGCUUCUGGAGCGAGAAAGUGGCGCUCUUGUCAGCAAUCGAGUGACUGAAGCGUUCCGGGAGCGCUCGUGGCGCGGUCUGGAUCCGGCCUUGGGACAGGACGAGCCGGCGCGCAUUGUCGAGGGACGUUCCGGCAUUCCGGUGGCCUAUGAGGAGCACAAGGACGAGAGGAAGUGAAUUUGCGCAUUAAAUUUAUUCGCCAAAUGAUCAUUUCACCAAUUUCUUCACGUAACAAUUUGCUGUGGCAUUUUCGUGAGGCGCUGGCGGCCUUAAUUCCACUUCUCCUUGCCAAUCUCGG